UGAAUAUGUCAAGUUGAUGAAGCAAACAGGAAAAAGAGCUCAUGGUAUAUGAUGAUGGGAAGGGGGUGGAGAGAGUCACACUUCUUUGUUCUUUGCCUCCUCGUGAGAUAGUCAGCAGUGCCUCUGACCAAGAAGACGCAGCAAUGACUGAUCCAAACUCCUCUUCUUUUAUCUUAGACUUUGGCGCCAUUUAUGACGAACUCAACUUCACCUACAAUUACACUGAGUUCGUCCCUGAUCCUGCAACGCAGGCCUGCAAAUCCUUCUCCCUCCCAGACACAGUGAUGAUUGCCGCCAGCGUGUUCUACAUCCUCAUCUUCCUGUUGGCCAUUCCUGGAAAUCUGGUGGUGGGCCUGGUGAUUGGCCUCAGCAAGCAGUCACUGCCGCCCUCUGACCUCUACCUCCUUCACCUGGCCGUCGCCGACCUCAUCCUUGCCGCCACUAUCCCGUUUUGGGCCGUCUCUGUCUCGUGGGGCUGGGUGUUCGGAGAUGCCAUGUGCAAAAUUGUUACCAUCCUCCUGGAGCUGAGCUGCUACUCCAGCAUCCUCUUCCUAACUUGCAUCAGUAUAGACCGCUACAUGGCGAUUGUGCACGCGAUGGACGCACGCAAGGCGAACCGCCAGCUGAUCAGCUGGGUAGUUUGUGCCGCCGUCUGGGCUUUGGGAGCGUUGUUGUCUCUGCCGGGCCUCUUCAGUUCCUCGUUCCAAUCUCAAAACUCGAGCCGAAUUGUGUGCACUGAAAUGUAUGACCUCAGCAGUGCUGAAGAGUGGCGUCUGGCCACCAGAAUCGUGCGCCAUGCUUUGGGUUUUGUGAUCCCUCUGACCAUCAUGUUGAACUGUUACGGAGUGACCAUACGGCGUCUCCUUCAAAUCCGCGGCGGAUUUCAGCGGCAACGUGCCAUGAAGGUGAUCUUGGUCGUGGUCGUGGCCUUUCUGCUCUGCUGGACGCCGUACCACAUUGCAGUGAUGAUGGAUUCGUUCUUCAGGACGAGACUAGUGCCCCACCUGUGCCCGGCGAGGAUUGCGGUGGAUCACGCCAUGUUUGCCACCCAGAGUCUCGGCCUGCUCCACAGCUGUGUGAACCCGGUGCUGUAUGCCUUUGUGGGGGAGAAAUUCAGGAGGAGGCUGCUGCAGAUAAUGAGGAAGAUCGGCUUCAUGGAGAGAGCAUCGGUUUCAAGGGCCAGCAGGUCUUCACUGUCAUCAGAAAUCACUUCCACCGUCAUGUGAGAAUGACGGUGGAAGGGGACACGUCUCAAACUCUCCAGAGGGCUGUUUCACCAAAGCAGAAGAAAGAAAUCCAGGAUUGUUAUAGAAAACCCAGGAUUGGAUCAGUUCAUCCUGGAUUUUUAUGUUUCACAUAGGAUAAGGACAUGCAGCUGUAGGCCACUCGAGGUUUAAGUAUUUUAGAUACAGGCGCUUUCACAGCUUUCUUUAUCAGAACACAAGGUGGGAUUUAUUGUUUGAGAAAAGGCUGCGUAUUUUAACCUGACGGAGCAAAAUGGUGUCAGACAACAGAAGCCUGACUGCAUAAUGUAGACUAGAAAUUAGAGUUAGUGGUGAAUGAAGUGCACUUCAUUUGUAAUCAUUAAAAAAAAGAAGAUAAUGAUGCUUUUAACAGGCAAUAGUACACAGUACACUUUGAAUGGUCCUUUGUACAGAAAGGGAAAUACACAUUGACAGAUGUAGUCAUGAGGCUACACUGCUUUACUUUAUGAGCAUGUUUAUAAUGUAUUCUGUUGUGUUGUUAAGUAAUGUCUUAGUCUGGCAGCUGGUUUUACCCUUUUUGUUAAACGUCUUACUUUAUGUUGAUAUAAAACUAACAUGAAACUGGAUAUCCCUGGCUUCCUCUAUCUAGGUUUUGUGAAACAGCCUUGUGAUAAAAAUUCAGGUCAACUGUUUAAAAAAAAAAAAAAAAAAAAUCCCUCUAUUUUUUUUAAUCUAUAUUAUUUAACUUAGUUUUGGUUUCAUGCAUGCAUGUCUACAAGGGGAAUGUUGCUUAAAGGGAAGCUGCAAAUGUAUCUGUGUGAAACAUUUCAACCUGCUCACUUGAGCCUGAGGAAACCUUGGAAACCUUGACAGCUUUCAAGUGCGGCUACAUUUCAACAUGGCCAAUACCUUUAUGUCACAACCUCGAGACAAAGCCGCUGCUGAGGAAAUGCAUAGAGAAGCAGCGAAGUGGACUCAGAGAUCGGAUGUUGUAAAAUAUCUUGCUGCAAUUCUAUGUGAUUUAAAUCUGCAUUUCACUGUGACUCCUUCUGCUGCCACAAGAAUAUAAUCUAUAUUGUAUGAACAGGUAUACAUAUUUUUAUAGUCAUUUUUUCCCCCCACUGUUCUUAAGAUGUAUGUAUUAGCUGAAGACAACAGGUUGUCAUUCACUGUAUUUUUUGUUUUAUUAAUAAAAGUUUCAUAUUAACCUGUA